CGCCCAUAUGAAUGCAACCUAGACCACGAUGAUCGGCAAUUCGCUCUAGUUUCAAGUGUAUCGCAUCGGAUCAAGCAUCACUGCGAAGGACACGUUUUGGCCUUCCAUGCGGCAAUUGACUGGUGUCUCAAAACUAUAUAACAUGAGAAAUGGUAACGUUUUACGGCGCCUCUCACUUUCGACCUGAUCUCCCUCUUUCACGAACCAAAAUCAAGUUAAUACUCACGUUAGAGCUGCACAUUUCCACGGAUAACUUAUAAGCUCGGUGUUGGGGAACAAGCCCUGAAAAUAUGGGUUUUAACGCUACACAUUUGUCAAACCCCCCAUCUUCCCUGAGGGCCGCGUCCACCUCGGUUCACAAUGGAGACAUGAAACAAGAUACGCCUGAAACAUUCGACCAGCCCAGAGAGAUGAAGGCAAGGGAGACGGUGCUGGGCAGGACUGGAGGCCGACUUGUUCACUCCUUGACGUCUUGCUACCGCCACAUGUUCGGAAGCGGAUAUCGGAACACGGGACCUCCCCAAAACCUCGAGGAUGAAUGGUGGGCGUGGUCUAUGGUGGGUAUCAGGCUGCUUCACUCACACUGUUGUGCACCCGCUUCAGAAGGAUCAGCCGUGAUUCAUCCGGACAUGCCCCGAGCUGCUUUCCCACCGCGAUUCAUGGCAUCUGCUCCUUCAACUGACGUUAGUUCAACUUCUGUCGAUGCUUCCGGCCAUUCGUCCCAUACAGCACGUCCCUUCACUAAGCCUAGCCAGCGUCACCUCGUUGAUGCCUCGCGAUUCUGGGCUGUUCUCAUUGGCAUCGACGCGUAUCCAAAUUCUUCAUUAAAAGGCUGCGUAUCGGAUGCCAUUUUAAUGGAAAUGUUCCUGCACGAACAUCUGGGUGUACCGAAGGGUCGUAUAGAGAGCCUGCUUAGUUCGGAUGACCCCAAUUUAACAGGCAAAACCCUCCCCCUCCCGCGACAACAUUAUUCGAAAGCUCCACAGCCUCAUCGACAACGCCAAUAUAAACGAAGGUUGAAAACAUCAUCAAUCUACUUCGCCGGACAUGGCGCGAGCUACCAAUGCGCACAUCGUCGUGAUUCGCCCUCUUGCAGGGCGAACUCUGUGGCAUUGAAGCUAUGUUGCCUGUUGACCGCAACGACGCCGCCGACAGUGGCCCCUACGAUUCCCGACAUCAGCGACCGAGGAGUUCAACAGCAUCCUCACUCGAUAUCCCAGGCGAAGGGUCCUAACAUUACCGUCAUUCUGAUUGCUGCUACUCGGCUGGCGGCAACAAGGGAUGCGGAGGAAGGAGCCGCGGAUGAGAGCAUGAGACGUUUCCUAGCUAUGUAUCGGUUUCGGAUGGCAACUGGUUCUUUGACAUUGAAAUCUCAUGUCGUCGUUGCUGCCUGUGCCGAGUAUGAGAAGGCGAAGGAGACUUCCGGGCCCGAUGGAGAAGGCUACAAUGGGUGCUUUACACGAGCACUCAUUCGUACUCUCAUAUCCAACUGGACGAAUGAAUUGACAUACAAUGAUCUCAUCGAGCAUAUUACGAAGGAUUUAGAAGGACAGGGCAAUUACCAAGGCCCGGUGGUUGCUGGAGAACGAAGGAAAGAGCGUGUUUGGUUUCUAAGUGACGAGGCUGUACGCAAUACAUCUACUUAG